GUUUACUCCACCCACUAGUAGCUACGUGUUUAGUUACGUGUGCUUAUAUUCUCAGAAGUUUUUAUGGCUAUAUCGAGACAUUUUACAAGCAUUAUUGAUUUGAGCUACUCUGGCACGGUAUAUGUUACAACACUAGCGCUACAAGUAAUCAGAAUCAAAACGCAAACCUAGGGAAGAAGAUAACUAGCUAACUGUGUUUAGGGGACGAGCUGGUUUAGCCCAACGAUGUCAGCCCAAAUCAUUAGUGGAAAAGAAGUUUCGGCGUAAGUGUAAAUUUUCUGUACAUUUUUUAAGCAAUUUGUUGGACGUUUUGUAACUUUGCUCGCUAGCACACAUUUCUAGUGCAGAGAUAUAAAGCACCAUGUUGAUUUUGUAUAAACUACCGUUAUCUUUAGGAACAUUGCUUCCUCGAAGCAGGCUGGUUUUGUCACAGAUCUCUAACGUUCUGUUGCAGUCAAUAUAACUAUAAUCUGUGUUGCAGGCAUUGUGUCAGUGUUUGGAUCGGUAACAGCCACGUGCAUCAAGCAUGGUCUGGCAAUCUAGUCUCGGGAUGUUCUGUAGAAUCUCAACCCGAUAUAUGGCAAACAUCAAACAAAGUUGGAACAGAUUUUUAAAAAAACAUGAGAAAUCCAUUUUUCAUGAAGUUCUAAAUUCAACAGUAUCCAUUUAGGUGAUAUCCACGUGAACGCCCCUCCAACUGGUAAUUACUAGUGGGAACGUAGUCCUAUAAUGCUGCGUUCAUAACCAAGUGGUAAGGUGGAAAUGAUCCGUUCUGAAGUUGUAAAUGCCAGUUGGAUGCGUUCACGUGCUUUGAACACGUUGAGAAACGCUGAUUGUCUAAUGAUCAACAAGCUGCGUCAACCAUAAACUGGAAGUACAGCCAGCAUUCUUGUAAACCCCAUUAUAAUAGAUUGCUUUUUAUAAAUAAUGUUUUGUUCCAUUUAACUGCCGAGAAUGAUGUUAUCAAUUUUUGAUAGAUUAGUAUCCCACUAGUAAUUACCAGUUGGAGGGGCGUUCAAAUGGACUAUUCCCAGUCAUAUGUGGUAAAUACCACCUUCCCACUUGGUUAUGAAUGCAGGGUAAGUCUCAGGUAAAGUAGAUGGAAACAAUAUUGCAAUAGUUUUUGCAGCUUCACUGGAAUAUUGUGAAAACAUUCUGGGCAAAGUUGAUACCAGGAACUAGAAUGUUUCAUUCUAUUUUUAUUAGGGCUGGGCGAUAUGGCCAAAAUAUAAUGUGGCUGUAUAAAAAAAAACCCUAGGAUGGCAACACACACAUUGAGGGAUUUCAAUGGGUCUUUUCUCCAUUCUGAUUGUUUUAUACUGAUCAAUUCAACUAAAAAUAACUUUCAGCAUUUUCAUCGAUUUCUACAUUUCCUGCACUCAUUUGAGAUCAUUCUCACACUGCCACGUAGGGCUGCACGAUAUGAGCAAACAAUCUUUAUUUUUAACCAAAUGUUGCAAUUGUGAUUUAGAGCAAAACACUUUGGUGAACUGUUGGAAUCAUGGAAAUAUAAUGAUUAUUCUAAUUCUAAAGUUAGAAUAUAAUAGUGGGCACUUUGAAUACGGUGUUGUUUGACAUGACAAUGAAUGAAAAUGCCAGGGAGGAGUUACUGUGACAGGGUAGGAACCAAAGUGUUGAUAUGUGAUUCCUAGGGGACCCUAUAAGCUUUGGCUACAUUGAAUGUUUUCUCUUAGCUACUUCAUGUAGCUAACAUAUUCUUGCUUUGUGUAUUCCUCUUUGAUUUAGAAGAUACUGUUGCACAAACAUGCUGAUUUAGGUCUAAAUCAUCACUGGUAUUAUCAGGCUGUAUAGCUAAUUACGUUUGCUCUGACUCUACAUUUGUUAGCUAGCAAUUACCAUUAGUGUCUAUCAAUUAGUGACUAACAAGAUUUAGGCCCAAUUUGCUAAGAAAAUACAAAUUAGCUUAUUUGCAGAUGUAAGAAACUCAAAUUAAUAGUGUAAUUAUGGAACGCUAGUGGAUUUAUAUUAAGAAGCAAAGUGAAAACAGCAUUGUUGUCAUCAACACAGUUGCAUGUGAUGCAUUGACCAUGCAGACUGAAAGCAAGUGUCAAAGGUCGAGGAACAAGAAAUGCACUCCUUGAGUGACGGGGCUAGGUCUGUGUGGAAAGCGGCAAGGAGAGAGAAAGAGAACGAAGAGAGAUUACUAAAGUAGCGAAUUAAACUAUAUAAAUGGACGUUACGCAUAAAGUAUCACAUUUAAUAAACAAAACAGUCAAAUACUGUUAUAGAAGUAAAAACCCCAACCGUUCCGUGCAUCAAUACUGGUAUAUUGUAAAAUAUGGUAUACCUACCGCCCAGCACUAAUUUUUAUGGUGGCUACAUUAUUCCCAACCUUGAUACAGUAUUGUGUAAUGGAAUGUGGCCUUUGACCAAUUAUUUUAUUAAUGUGAAUAUUGAGUUUCAGUGGAUGGAUAGCUCGGACAACAGUGAUAUGCUUUAUUAAUUUGAUAGGCUAAAUUGUAUGUAAUCCAAGACUUACCUAUAUUAGAUUUCAAUUGAUUUCGUCUGGUAGAUUAAUUUGUAAUGUCCAAAAAACAUAGAACAAGUUACGGCAAAGUUUCUCAUCUUUGCCAUAUUUGUUUCCCAAUAGUGUUUUGAACAGGGCCCGGUUUCCCAAAGGCAUCUUAAGGCUAAAUUCAUCAUUAGAACCAUAAGAUCCUAUAGUUCUAACAAAUUUAGCCGUAAGAUGCUUUUGGGAAACCGGCCCAGUUCAGUUUUGAACAUUUUAAAGUCCAGUUUCACUUCAUACUCACAUGACUGACUAUGUCGUUUAAUCAAGAGUAUUUUAGGUGACAACCUGACUUUUGAUAUAUGAAGGGACUUUCAUUCAGCAACUCAUGCUUGUCACAAGACUCGACUGCCCGUGGCCUCCUAACUGUGUACCUCACAUUACCCAUUAGUCAGUUAGGCCUUUUUCAAGCUGAAUGACCCAAAACCACAUAUUCUUCAAUUUACAUCCCUUUCUUCAAUAAGUUCAGUUGUGCUGUUCAUUACCUGAAUAAUUUCAGAAGUAACAUUAAAGCAGUGCUGUUGUUAUCUGUGGACUAGGCUGUUGCAGAGUAGCUGCAAAGGAACUACUACACUGUGGCCUUGAUCAGAGUACAACACUGUUGUUUGAUGGCCUUCCAUGGCCAGUGUUGACCAAUAAAGGAUUAGAUAACUCCCUUAUGCUGAUACAAUAUAGACUAGUGUUGCCACCACUGUUUAUGUGCAACAUUUCUAGAGAACCCUUAGAAUUGUCACGGUCUGAGACCUGAGGGUUGUUGAUUCAUCAUAUCUAUUGUUGACUGCUUCAGCAAAUUGUUAGUUGGUUUAAUUGUGUCAGCCUUUUGUAUCAAUGAGUGAGAGAGAAAGCAUAGUGUCCUAUAUAGUUAGCCUAUGCUUUGUAACAGUUUGGUUAUAAAACAAGUUGAGCCUAGCACAGUAGAAGUUAUGUUAUAGGAAUAUUUCACAGUAAUAGCCUAACUAUUAGGCUAUAAACAAAUUGUCAUUAAAAUGGUGGAUACAAACUGGUGUUAACUGUACUGGUUCCAUGGUGGAAAAAGACUUGUAAAAAGUGUAACGCAAGGUUAAUCACAGACAUGCAGCCAUUUCUCUCUGUAGGCAAUAGUAUUCACAUGUGACACUCAUUACUUUAUAUUUUACACUUGUGUUGAGCAAAUGUCUUUAAAAAUGCCUAUUGUGUAAAAACACUGUUCUGAGCAGUAGCCAAUGUUGAAAUAUGUCUUAAGGGCCUACCUUGAUUAUUGGGCAUUCUCAAUUGUGUGCAAACAAAAUCAUUGAUUUAUCAAUAGUAGUUGAACAAACCAACUUUUAACCUGUCUGCAAGCAAAUGAAUCUUGCAAUCAUGAGUGAGUUUAAGCACUUUUGUUAGUCUUUUUGUAUAUUAGUCAUUGUGCAUAGUUGUAUGGUUUGUUAAACUUUGAAAUCAAUGUUUUUCGUUUGGCAUAUAUUUUAAAGUGAAAAAUCAGUCUCAGUGUAGUUCUGUUACCAUGGAAUUGCCCUGUAACAAUCUAGCCACCUAGCAAAAAGUUAUAGAGUUGUCACAUCGUACAUUGCUGUCUCUCCCACGCUAAAAUGGCCAACUACACCCAAGGUUGCCUGUGGUUUGAGUCCCUACGUGCCGUUAGGGCUCCUUCCCAGCAUUGCAUUCCUGGGGGUGCUCUCUUCCAUACCCCUGUAGUUGUCUCUCAGCUGGUAGUCAUGCUACAUCACACCUCUUGGACGCUCCAAGGUGCUAUGUAGACGUUUGGAGGGUGGAGGUCCAUGGCUUCAGAGGUCUCUGGAUACACCACGUCCCUGUAGGACAAACCAGGUUCUAACCCUGAAUAACUGUCCCCCUGCUUUCUCCCUGUGAGAUUGACCGUAGCUCCUUUUGUGUCCACAGGCAGGUGAGGGAGAGGCUGAAGAAGGAUGUGGAGCAGAUGAAGACGCAGGACCCUAAUUUUCGACCAGGUCUGGUUGUGUUACAGGUAAUUGCAAGAGUGUUGUAAGGGCUCUUGAUUCUGAUUCUUCCCAUGUAGUGCAUUUUCCCAUGGCCUGUUUCCUUAAUGGUCAAUGGGUAGGGUUUUGUAUCAUUUUGAGAGUCACUAAUUUGUGCUGCAUGCUAAAAUGGAUACAGAAUAUAGCCUGGGGUCAUAUUUUUCCUCAGUCAGAUUCAGAACCACUGACUCAGAGUGGAGAGGAUCAUUUAUUCCAUUCCUAUACUUUGUCUGUUAUAUGGCACUAGUUCAAUUAUGAAACAUUAUGUAUUAAUUAACUAACACUGGUUAUUCACUCAUUGACUAGUUUGUAAAAGCAUUAUUGGAUCAAACAAAGACUACACAUUUUGCUGUGCACUUUUCAGGUGGGGGACAGAGAUGAUUCAAACCUCUACAUCAGCAUGAAGCUGAAAGCAGCAGCUGAGGUAAAUAACAGAAUGUUUGAUGUGAUCAUUCCUGUUUCAUACAUAUUCCAAAUUGUUCUCUGUUCAGUUCUUAAAGGGAUACUUCGGGAUUUUGGCAAUGAGACCCUUUAUCUACUUCCCCAGAUACCAUAGCUAGCAGAUACCAUAGCUAGCAGAUACCAUAGACUUCCAGUCAUUGAGCUAAUGCUAGUUAGCAUUGGCUCGCAAAACUACCUCUAACUUCCUUCAUACUGGACGCAGAGACAUAAAAAUGGUAUCGACGAGUUCAUCUGACUCUGGGGAAGUAGAUAAAGGGCUAAUUGCUAAAAUCCCAAAGUAUCCCUUUUUAACUCAGUUUUUCUUGUGCCUACUGUAGAUUGGAAUUAAUGCCACACACCUGAGGCUCCCCAAGACUGCCACAGAGGAUGAGGUGAGGAGGGAUCCUGAGGGGGUUGACUUCACAGCUUGCAUAGCGUUUCUGCCUGGUGGUCCUUGCAGGCCUCUUUCUGUCACUCUGUUUGUCUCAGUCAUUCUCUCUCUAUAGCUUUCUUUCCCUCCCACUCUCUUUUACACACCCCGUCACUCUUUAGGUGCUGCACAGCAUUAUGGAGGUGAAUGAGAAUUCUGCUAUCCAUGGCCUCAUCGUUCAGCUGCCUCUGGACUCCAUCCACAACAUAGAUACUGAGAAGGUGACCAACGUUGUGGCCCCAGAGAAGGAUGUGGAUGGGUGAGCCCUGAGAUGUUUCAACAUGUUUGAUGCUUUGUGUGACCAGUUUACUGUCAUCAAAGACCGCUCUCAAAAAACAAUCAAACCGUGAUAAACUUCUCUCAAAAACGGUUAGAAUUUUUCUAGUGACACUCAGGCAAAUAAUUCCCACACAAUAGCUUGGCUUCCAUCCAAUUGGCGACAGAUUUUCAUGUGAAUAUUCAAAAGUCUGUAUGAAGAAACUAUGCACACUUUCCCACCAGUGGUGUUUCCACCAAACUGACUUGUUGCAGAUAAAAAUGUGUGUGUGAUGUAGUGCACCCAAAAUGUAUUUUUCGCAUGUUUUCAUGUACUGAAUAACAAUCUAAAGUUCAAUGUGUUUCCAACGCAUUUUCAACUCUACCGAUUUAUAGUUUUGUCACAAACUAUUGCGUUAAAUAGCAAAUGUGCCUACUCUGGUCUUCACAUGUGCGCUCUAGCCAACAGUUCGUAGAUGCAGUGUGGGUAGGCUUGUCUACAUUAUGAGAUUAUUAUGGAUAAGAGCAAGAAGUUCAUAACUUAUUUCAUCUGUAGCCUAAUGAACUGCAUGGUUUCCCGAGUCGUAGUGGGAGGACCACACACCAUAUCAUUGCAUGACUCCCAAGUUUACUGCGAUAUGAUGGUUUUUAUAUCAAUAUUUGCGCAUAAUGGUAUUUCCACCACCAUUUCUCGCAUUAUUAAUUUUACAGACACGGAAAGAUCCCACCAUGUCGGACAAACAAAUGAACUGUCGGCAUUGAUAAAAUUGUACCGAGACAGCUGUGAUGGAAACAGGAAGUAGUGAUUAUUUAUUUUUGUUACAAAUCUGGUAUGACUGUACACGCAUAAAAACUGUGAAUGGAAACGUGGUUAGUGAAACCAUUUUGCCAUUCUGGAAGUGUUCUAGUUGCAUUUGUGUAGUGUAAGCCAUGUUUAUCUUGUGUUUAUUGGACAGUGAUGCUGAUGCAGGCUGUGUGUUUGGAGGAUGCAGGCCUUUUGUCUUGGUGUUUAGGAAGCUCCAUUAAUCUCUCACUCCUCUAAUUGAUUCAGAUUGUUCUCUGGACUUACUGAGAGACCAGUAAAGGAGCUUCUGCACUGCACUUAGCUGGGCCUGUUAAAAAGACAGGGCCUGAAUUACAACCAGUGAACUAAUGAUGAGGACAUUGAUAUAUGUCGUCAUCUCAAAAGAGUAAUGAUUUUUUCUGAGGGUACUAAUCAUGCAUAGCUUGCUUGCUGGGGAGAUAAUGAUGGAAUGGGGAAACGAAAGAAGGCAUUAUAGGAAACACAAUGUACCAUCAGAAGGAGUAGUGUGUGUAUGUAUGUGUAUAUAUAUAUAAUUACGUGAAAGUAUGACUAACUCUUAGUGGUUAGAAACCGAAUGGCGGAUGCUCAUAAUCAGUGUACUCUGUGUGUGUGUUCCCAGUCUGACCAGUAUAAAUGCAGGGAAACUGUCCCGGGGGGACCUGGGUGACUGUUUCAUCCCCUGUACUCCUAACGGCUGCAUGGAGCUCAUCAGACAGACUGGUGGGUACAGCAGAGAAACUACUUAUGAGCCAAUGCUAAUCAGCUGAAUUACUUAAUAUGUAGAAGUGCUCAAUUUAAUGAUUGACACUGCAGUGCUUGUGUGCAGGUGUUUCUGUGGCCGGGAAAAGAGCUGUGGUGAUUGGCCGCAGUAAGAUUGUGGGCGCGCCCAUGCAUGACCUGCUGCUGUGGAACCACGCUACCGUGACAACCUGCCACUCAAAGACUGCUGACCUCGCUGCUGAGGUAACCCAAGCCCAGGAUAUGUCAUACGCUCACUCAGAACAUGAAAACACUCGCAACCAUAAUCUGUCAUAUACAAGCCAUUCAUAUAAACAUGUACUACAGGCAACUCGUCAUGAUGGUGUAUACAGGUAGAUUACAUGUCACAUAUAGAUCCCACAUACAGCAGCGCUACUGUUUUUUAGAUUGGCAGACUUAUGCCACGAAACAAACUAAUAUAGGAUAGUGAGGAGAUCCAUCCAGUCCCCUCUCUUUCCAGGUGGGCAGAGCAGACAUCUUGGUGGUUGGGAUUGGGAAAGCAGAGAUGGUGAAGGGGGAUUGGGUGAAGAAGGGAGCGGUGGUCAUCGACUGCGGCAUUAAUCACAUCCCAGGUUAGUAUGGUCCCCUCCAUUGGAUUCCAUUUUGACAAGUGCUCAUUUUUUUCUAGAAUAAAUGUGUGAGCUAAACAGAGAGUGAAUCAUUGGUUCUCCAUGGAGCUGAUACUUCUCUUUAUGGGUAACAUUUAGGGGCAUUCUGGGUAACAUUUUAGGGGUGCUUGUGUUGACUUCAUGGUUCCUCUGUGCUCCUCAGAUGAGACGCGGCCCAGUGGGAAGCGCGUAGUGGGGGAUGUGCACUACUCCUCUGCUAAGGAACAGGCUGGCUUCAUCACUCCAGUACCAGGAGGAGUGGGUCCCAUGACUGUGGCCAUGCUCAUGCAGGUAGGUGGACCAACCGGGUAUUGAACACGUGGGUUUUCUGUACGUGUUAUACGUUAGCCCACCAAUCUAAGGUUAGGAAAACGAGUCCUCAGAUCUUAGGCAAGGUUACUCAUCACGUGAGCGUAGCUUCCCGAUCCACCUCCACUACAAAGGCAGUGGCAUCCCUACUAGUAAUCACACAAAUCACACCACCUCCAAAAUUCAUCCUGUGAGAAAUUCACAUUUCAGGGGAAAAGGGGUAUUUAUUUGUGACCUAAUCAAUGCCAUUCACUCACCUGUUUACCCAUCAUGGCAAAGACAGACUAGGUUAAACUGAAUGUGGAGCAUUUUGUAAUAGAUAAGGUGUUCUUUCAGACACUAAUUUGUCUCUGUCUGGUAAUCCACUGAGGUAAUGGAAUUCUAACGACAUACAGUACCAGUCAAAAGUUUGGACACACCUUCUCAUUACAGGGUUUUUCUUUAGUUGUACUAUAUUCUACAUUGUAGAAUAAUAGUGAAGACAUCAAAACUAUGAAAUAACACAUACAGUGAGGGGAAAAAAGUAUUUGAUCCCCUGCUGAUUUUGUACGUUUGCCCACUGACAAAGAAAUUAUCAGUCUAUAAUUUUAAUGGUAGGUUUAUUUGAACAGUGAGACAGAAUAACAACAAAAAAAUCCAGACAAACGCAUGUUAAAAAUGUUAUAAAUUGAUUUGCAUUUUAAUGAGGGAAAUAAGUAUUUGACCCCCUCUCAAUCAGAAAGAUUUCUGGCUCCCAGGUGUCUUUUAUACAGGUAACGAGCUGAGAUUAGGAGCACACUCUUAAAGGGAGUGCUCCUAAUCUCAGUUUGUUACCUGUAUAAAAGACACCUGUCCACAGAAGCAAUCAAUCAAUCAGAUUCCAAACUCUCCACCAUGGCCAAGACCAAAGAGCUCUACAAGGAUGUCAGGGACAAGAUUGUAGACCUACACAAGGCUGGAAUGGGCUACAAUACCAUCGGCAAGCAGCUUGGUGAGAAGGUGACAACAGUUGGUGCGAUUAUUCGCAAAUGGAAGAAACAGAAAAUAACUGUCUAUCUCCCUCGGCCUGGGGCUCCAUGCAAGAUCUCACCUCGUGGAGUUGCAAUGAUCAUGAGAACGGUGAGGAAUCAGCCCAGAACUACACGGGAGGAUCUUGUCAAUGAUCCCAAGGCAGCUGGGACCAUAGUUACCAAGAAAACAAUUGGUAACACACUACGCCGUGAAGGACUGAAAUCCUGCAGUGCCCGCAAGGUCCCCCUGCUCAAGAAAGCACAUAUACAGUGCCGUCUGAAGUUUGCCAAUGAAUAACUGAAUGAUUCAGAGGAGAACUGGGUGAAAGUGUUGUGGUCAGAUGAGACCAAAAACGAGCUCUUUGGCAUCAACUCAACUCGCCGUGUUUGGAGGAGGAGAAAUGCUGCCUAUGACCCCAAGAACACCAUCCCCACCGUCAAACAUGGAGGUAGAAACAUUAUGCUUUGGGGGUGUUUUUCUGCUAAGGGGACAGUACAACUUCACCGCAUCAAAGGGACGAUGGACGGGGCCAUGUACUGUCAAACCUUGGGGGAGAACCUCCUUCCCUCAGCCAGGGCAUUGAAAAUGGAUUGUGGAUGGGUAUUCCAGCAUGGCAAUGACUCAAAACAUAUGGCCAAGGCAGCAAAGGAGUGGCUCAAGAAGAAGCACAUUAAGGUCCUGGAGUGGCCUAGCCAGUCUCCAGACCUUAAUCCCAUAGAAAAUCUGUGGAGGGAGCUGAAGGUUCGAGUUGCCAAACGUCAGCCUCGAAACCUUAAUGACUUGGAGAAGAUCUGCAAAGAGGAGUGGGACAAAAUCCCUCCUGAGAUGUGUGCAAACCUGGUGGCCAACUACAAGAAACGUCUGACCUCUGUGAUUGCCAACAAGGGUUUUGCCACCAAGUACUAAGUCAUGUUUUGCAGAGGGGUCAAAUACUUAUUUCCCUCAUUAAAAUACAAAUCAAUUGAUAACAUUUUUGACAUGCGUUUUUCUGGAUGUUUUUGCUGUUAUUCUGUCUCUCACUGUUCAAAUAACCUACCAUUAAAAUGAUAGACUGAUCAUGUCUUUGUCAGUGGGCAAAUGUACAAAAUCAGCAGGGGAUCAAAUACUUUUUCCCCUCACUGUAUGGAAUCAUGUAGUAACCAAAAAAGUGUUAAACAAAUCAGAAUAUAUUUGAGAUUCUUCAAAGUAGCCACCCUUUGCCUUGACAGCUUUGCGCACUCUUGGCAUUCUUUCAACCAGCUUCAUGAGGUAGUCACCUGGAAUGCAUUUCAAUUAACAGGUGUGCCUUGUUAAAAGUUAAUUUGUGGAAUUGAUUUACUUCUUAUUUUGUUUGAGCAGUUCUGUUGUGACAAGGUAGGGGUGGUAUACAGAAGAGAGCCCUAUUUGGUAAAAGACCAAGUCCAUAUUAUGGCAAGAACAGCUCAAAUAAGGAAAGAGAAACGACAGUCCAUCAUUAUUUUAAGACAUGAAGGUCAGUCAAUCUGGAAAAUUUCAAGAACUUUGAAAGUUUCUUCAAGUGCAGUCGCAAAAACCAUCAAGCGCUAUGAUGAAAUUGGCUCUCAUGAGGACCGCCACAGGAAAGGAAGACCCAGAGUUACCUCUGCUGCAGAGGAUAAGUUCAUUAGUUACCAGCCUCAGAAAUUGCAGCCCAAAUAAAUGCUUCAGAGUUCAAGUAACCGACACAUCUCAACGUCAACUGUUCAGAGGGGACUGUGUGAAUCAGGCCUUCAUGGUCGAAUUGCUGCAAAGAAACCACUACUAAAGGACACCAAUAAGAAGAGACUUGCUUGGGCCAAGAAACAUAAGCAAUGGACAUUAGACUGGUGGAAAUCUGUCCUUUGGCCUGAUGAGUCCAAAUUUGAGAUUUUUGGUUCCAACUGCCGUCUUUGUGAGAUGCAGAGUAGGUGAACAGAUGAUCUCCGCAUGUGUGGUACCCACCGUGAAGCAUGGAGGAGGUGUUAUGGUGUGGCGGUGCUUUACUGGUGACACUGUCUGUGAUUUUAUUUAGAAUUCAAGGCACACUUAACCAGCAUAGCUACCACAGCAUUCUGCAGCGAUACGCUAGCCCAUCUGGUUUGCGCUUAGUGGGACUAUCAUUUGUUUUUCAACAGGACAAUGACCCAAAACACACCUCCAGGCUGUGUAAGGGCUAUUUGACCAAGAAGGAGAGUGAUGGGAGUGCUGCAUCAGAUGACCUGGCCUCCACAAUCACCAGACCUUAACCCAAUUGAGAUGGUUUGGGAUGAGUUGGACCGAGGUGAAGGAAAAGCAGCCAACAAUUGCUCAGCAAAUGUGGGAACUCCUUCAAGACUGUUGGAAAAGCAUUCCAGGUGAAGCUGGUUGAGAGAAUGCCAAGAGUGUGCAAAACUGUCAAGGCAAAGGGUGGCUACUUUGAAGAAUUUGUUUAAAACUUUGGUUACUACAUUAUUCCAUAUGUGUUAUUUCAUAGUUUUUAUGUCUUCACUAUUAUUCUACAAUGUAAAAGAAAAACCCUUGAAUGAGUUGGCGUGUCCAAACUUUUGACUGGUACUGUAAAUGAAUGGAAAGCAAUUUUUUGUUUUAUUCACUUUUAUGGCACUGUGCAAUCCACAGUAGCACAGAGCACAUUCAGUGAGAAUGAAUAGCGUUUGUCUAAGGCAUAACCAUAGAAGCAAAUUGUCUUUGAGUUUGGCACAAAUUCCAAUCUAUACACACAUAUACACACACACUAUAGAUAUGUGGUAGUAGUAGGCUGAGGGCACACACUUAAUGUGUUGUGAAAUAUUUUGUGAAAUGUAAUGUUUUUCAUUGUAUAUAACUGCCUUAAUUUUGCUGGACCCCAGGAAGUGUAGCUGCUGCCUUGGAAAAUACAAUCUAAAUGUGUAAUCUGAGUUUUUCAUUGGCUGUGUGGUUUGUUGUUUCUCUUCAUCUCCAGAACACAGUGCUGAGUGCCAAGCGCUUCAUGGCGUCUCACCAGCCAGGCAAGUGGAGCAUCACCUACACCAAGCUCAACCUGCAGAAGCCUGUGCCAAGGUUGGUCCCCUCAUCCUCUGCCUACCUUUCCCUCUGAUGUGGAAUCACUUUAUUUCUUAGUCGUUGAGUAAUUUUUCGUACUUUUAAUACUCCUCAGUAAUGUUGCUGAAUAAUUAAACCUUCCACUAAAGGAGGGGGCUCUAGUCUAAUUUUAGUUCUCUACCUCAUGUUUGAAUGCCCUAAACUUGGUUCUCAGAGACUUGCAUGACAUUUCCUGUCUGCUGUUACUCUGAAUAAAUGUGUGACCUGACUGUGGCCCUCAGUGACAUCGUGAUCUCGCGUUCCUGCGUGCCCAAGCCCAUCGACCGGCUGGCCACGGAGAUGGGGCUGCUGUCGGACGAGGUGGAGCUCUAUGGGAAGACCAAGGCCAAGGUGCAGCUGGACAUCAUCAAUCGCCUGCGGGCACAGCCUGAUGGGAAAUACGUGGUGGUCACUGGGUAUGCUCUGUCUGUCUUGCUGUGUCAGUCUAGUUGUUUUGUACUGCGUACAAUAACCUUUUGUUCUUGACUUGAAUCUGUUAUUGGUCUAUCAUGUUGUAGAUGUAACUUGAAAAAUGUGCUCCUUUUCACUACAGUGGCCUGGUACAGAACUCUUGAUUUAUCAAGAUUGAUGAUCUAUUAUGCUCUUGGAAAUGUUUCACACCAGUGUUAAUGUUGUCUGUACCUCUAGAAUCACCCCCACCCCACUGGGAGAGGGAAAGAGCACCACCACCAUAGGACUGGUCCAGGCUCUGGGGGCUCACAUGAAGCUCAACGUCUUUGCCUGUGUCCGCCAGCCCUCCCAAGGCCCCACCUUCGGAAUCAAAGGUGAGCACUGAGUGAUGCUGCCUUUUACUGACUGGUUGGAUGCCUUUUGUGUGAAAAUGUAAGGCUUUAUCAGUGCUCAGUUGUUAUCAAUGCUAAAUGCCUGGAAUUAUCUAUCUACAGGAGGUGCUGCUGGAGGUGGAUAUUCUCAAGUCAUUCCCAUGGAGGAGGUACUGCACUGACUGAUUUCCAUUCUAUUCCAGACAUUGAUCAUUCAGGAAGGGGUUUCUGUAUAAAGCUCUAUUUGACCAUAUGGUUUAAUUAUGAUUUCAGUUCAACCUCCACCUCACUGGAGACAUCCACGCCAUCACUGCUGCCAACAACCUGGUGGCGGCUGCCAUCGACGCCCGUAUGUUCCAUGAAGCCACCCAAACAGACAAGGUGAUCUCUCUCGGUUGUUGACCUCUGUUCUUGAAAAAGAUUGCACUGCACAAGGUGGUAUUCCAUGUUUGAUUAAUGUGUGUGUCGGUCCAUUUCUUAUCUUUCUCACUCAUUCCCUCUCCCACAGGCUUUAUAUAACCGUCUGGUCCCUCUUAGUGGAGGUCAGAGGACAUUCUCCCCCAUCCAGAUAAACAGAUUAAAGGUAGAAACUCAAACGUAUCCAUGGAUGACAAUGCUGUUAUUAUCUUGACUGUCUUGGGGAGGGAAAUUAUCUACUAGUGUCUCUGUAUGUGAUCCCUAUAGAGACUGGGCAUUGAGAAGACUGACCCCACCACUCUGACCGAGGAGGAGAUAACCCGCUUUGCCCGACUAGACAUGGACCCAGACUCCAUCACCUGGAACAGAGGUACUGGUGAUGUACCCUGAGUGGCCUGACUGUUGUUGUGUAUAAUGUAUACUAUACUACAGGGCUCUCCAACACUGUUCCUGGAAAGCUACCGUCCUGUAGGUUUUCACUCUAACCCUAAUCUAGCACACCUGAUUCUUAUGAUUAGCUAGUUGAUAAGCUGAACCAGGUUAGUUACAACUGGGGUUGGAGCGACAAUGUACAGGAGGGUAGCUCUCCAGGAACAGGGUUGGAGAGCCUUGCUAUACUACGACAUGUCAGUGUUGAGAUGUAAAAGAGUGUUUUAAUGGUCUUUGUGUCAUUUCAGUGUUAGACACCAAUGAUCGUUUCCUGAGGAAGAUCACAAUUGGCCAAUCGCCGACUGAGAAAGGACACACUAGGGAGGUACAGUUGAAGUCGGAGGUUUACAUACACCUUAGCCAAAUACAUUUAAACUCAGUUUUUCACAAUUCCUGACAUUUAAUCCUAGUAAAAAUUCCCUGUCUUAGGUCACUUUAUUUUAAGAAUGUGAAAUGUCAGAAUAAUAGGAGAGUGAUUUUAUUUAAGCUUUUAUUUCUUUCAUCAUAUUCCCAGUGGGUCAGAAGUUUACAUACACUCAAUUUGUAUUUGGUAGCAUUGCCUUUAAAUUGUUUAUCUUGGUUCAAAUGUUUUGGGUAGCCUUCCACAAGCUUCCCACAAUAAGUUGGGUGAAUUUUGGCCCAUUCCUCCUGACAGAGCUGGUGUAACUGAGUCAGGUUUGUAGGCCUCCUUGCUCGCACACGCUUUUUCAGUUUUGCCCACACAUUUCUAUAGGAUUGAGGUCAGGGCUUUGUGAUGGCCACUCCAAUACCUUGACUUUGUUGUCCUUAAGCCAUUUUGCCACAACUUUGGAAGUAUGCUUGGGGUCAUUGUCCAUUUGGAAGACCCAAGUUUUAACUUCCUGACUGAUGUCUUGAUAUGUUGCUUCAAUAUAUCCACAUAAUUUUCCUUCCUCAUGAUGCCAUCUAUUUUGUGAAGUGCACCAGUCCCUCCUGCAGCAAAGCACGCCCACAGCAUGAUGCUGCCACCCCCGUCCUUCACGGUUGGGGAUGGUGUUCUUCGGCCUGCCCCUUUUUCCUCCAAACGUAACGAUAGUCAUUAUGGCCAAACAGUUCUAUUUUUGUUUCAUCAGACCAGAGGACAUUUCUCCAAAAAGUACGAUCUUUGUCCCCAUGUGCAGUUGCAAACUGUAGUCUGGCUUUUUUAUGGCAGUGGCUUCUUCCUUGCUGAGCGGCCUUUCAGGUUAUGUUGAUAUAGGACUCGUUUUACUGUGGAUAUAGAUACUUUUGUACCUGUUUCCUCCAGCAUCUUCACAAGGUCCUUUGCUGUUGUUCUGGGAUUGAUUUGCACUUUUCGCACCAAAGUAUGUUCAUCUCUAGGAGACAGAACGCGUGUCCUUCCUGAGCGGUAUGACGGCUGCGUGGUCCCAUGGUGUUUAUACUUGCGUACUAUUGUUUGUACAGAUGAACGUGGUACCUUCAGGCGUUUGGAAAUUGCUCCCAAGGAUGAACCAGACUUGUAGAGGUCUACAUAUUUUUUUCUGAGGUCUUGGCUGAUUUCUUGUGAUUUUCCCAUGAUGUCAAGCAAAGAGGCACUGAGUUUGAAGGUAGGCCUUGAAAUCCACAGGUCCACCUCCAAUUGACUCAAAUGAUGUCAAUUAGCCUAUCAGAAGCUUCUAAAGCCAUGACAUCAUUUUCUGGAAUUUUCCAAGCUGUUUAAAGGCACAGUCAACUUAGUGUAUGUAAACUUCUAACCCUCUGGAAUUGUGAUACAGUGAAAUAAUCUGUCUGUAAACAAUUGUUGGAAUAAUGACUUGUCAUGCACAAAGUAGAUGUCCUAACCGACUUGCCAAAACUAUAGUUUGUUAAAAAGAAAUUUGUGGAGUGGUUGAAAAACGAGUUUUAAUGACUCUAACCUAAGUGUAUGUAAACUUCCGACUUCAACUGUAUGUAAAAGUUCAUAGUGCCCAUGCUUUUCUUCUUCCACCCACUGAUACUGACCUGUUGACUCGUGUUCUGUCCCCCUCCCCCAGGCUCAGUUCAGCAUCACUGUGGCCAGUGAGAUCAUGGCCGUGCUGGCUCUCACCAGCAGCCUGAAGGACAUGCGCCAGCGCCUGGCCAAGAUGGUGGUGGCCACCAGCCGCAGUGGGCAGCCCAUCACCACAGAGGACCUGGUAAGUGGCCCUAGUCUCCCUUUGUCACAAUGUCAACCAACACAUAGACAGUCAACACAGGUCCUCUGUGGUGGCCACCACUGACAAUUGCUCUGUUUUUGACAACAUUUACUGUGGUUGUGCAAUGAUCAGUGGUUGGAUUGAUGUUUGAUGAGUGCUUGUUGAUUCUGGCCUUAAAGGAUUCUCACCAUGUCUUCCUUCCCUCUGUGCAGGGUGUGAGUGGAGCCCUGACUGUGCUGAUGAGGGAUGCCAUCAAGCCCAACCUGAUGCAAACGCUGGAGGUGGGCGGGACAGGGAGGGAGGGAAGGAGGGAGGGAGCUCCUCAGGGUGGAACUGUACUGGCCUGGCAACUGGAGGAGAGGAGAUGGAAGCAAAGCCUUGUGGGAAAAUGGGUUUCGGAUUCUUUAAUUGGUUAGGGUAGUGUGGAUGUGAAGCUUCCUACAUUCUCCUGGAGCAGUGAUGACACAGUCUGGAGAAGAUAGAUAGCAUGUGCUUGUGGCUGUUUUUAGUUCAGUUACUAAUCCCCUGUUUGUCUUUGAAAAGUUCAGAGGCAGGAUUGGGUACAAAGUAGCUAGUCUAUUUGCAUUAAAUCACCAGAUAUUUCAAAGCAUAGAACUUGCUUAGCUAAGUUUAUGUUGACUGCAGAUAAGUGAUUCUGAAUCGGUAUGGUGUUUGAUGUGGUAGACUUGACUGCUGUGAGUCAGAGUGGUGACAUUGCCACAGGCUGAGUGUGUUUUCUGCUGCUGGAUGAUUGAGAGGGGUUUCUCUCUACAGGGAACCCCCGUGUUCGUCCACGCCGGACCUUUCGCCAACAUCGCCCACGGCAACUCCUCCAUCCUGGCUGAUAAGAUAGCCCUGAAGCUGGUCGGCCCGGAGGGAUUUGUGGGUAAGUGGAGCUGAAACACACCUUCCUUGGCAAGAAACAAAACUAUGAACAACUCUUGUAAUGUGAGUGUUGGUUGUCUCUCUCAUGGGACAGUGACGGAGGCUGGGUUCGGCGCUGACAUCGGUAUGGAGAAAUUCUUCAACAUAAAAUGCCGCUACUCCGGCCUGCGGCCUCACGUGGUGGUGCUGGUGGCCACUGUCCGAGCCCUGAAGAUGCAUGGAGGCGGGCCAACGGUGAGUGACUGCACAGUUUACUGGUGGUCUCUGAAAUCUUUCUACCCUUGUUCUAAUUGUGGUGCCAAUGGGCAGCUUUCAGAAAGACUGCUUCAGGAAAAAACUAUUAAAGGACAGGUUUUGCCCCCUCGAAGGAAGAGUAGUGGUUGCUCAGUGUAGUGAAUUAUAAUCAUCACAUCAACCUAGAGAAUGUUUAUAUAUAUAUAUUUCUCCUAUAGAAUGUCCUAUCCCACUUCAAUGAAUGCAGGUGCACUGCUGAGAAUGUAAUUCCAUUUCCUGCUGUGUGGAGUUCACACAGGAAGACCUCAGUAAUUCUGCUGCUUUAGCUCUAUCCCCACAAACACUAGUAUGUUUCAUGUCCUUGGACAGGGAAUAGGAAUACAGCCCGUUAUUGUUUAUUCUAGUUUAGUAAUUUGAUGGCUUUUUGACUGAUCUUUCUCCUUUGCUGCAGGUUACUGCUGGGAUGGCACUGCCCAAAGAAUAUGUGGAAGAGGUAAGACACUUCUCCGCGCCUCACCCACUCUCACUUCAGCCCCACCCCUUUCACACCUCAUCACAUCAGGGAAAGAGCAGCCAUCCUAAAUGUGCCACUUCCCUUUUAUGAUAAUGUUCUGUUAAUGGCAUAUUGCUCAUCCUCUGCACAAGUUGGUCGUAAGUAGGGCUGUGGCGGUCAUAAAAUUGUCAGCCGGUGAUUGUCAAGCAAAUAACUGCCGGUCUCACGGUAAUUGACCGUUAAUUAACAUAAACACAUUUAGCAUCUCCUGGCUUCUACGCAUAGCCUAUAAGCCACUGAUGCAGACCUUUGGAACAUCUACAUUUAAAAAAGCAUAAUAAAUCCAUUAUUUAUUUCAGACAGGUCUAAAGAAACAUGAUAUGAAGAAAAUGUAGUCUACUUCAGAAGAACUGUAUAACAUACUCUGAGUUGUCCUUGUGUUAGGCCCUGAUCUGCCUAUGCCAUAUGGCUGUGGGCUACACUAGUUCAUUUAGCAGACAAGAUUUGCUUAGAAUUCCGUGGCAUUAUUUUAUAGUAUGAAGAAUACAACUGAACAUAGCUGAAUAAAAUAAAGGAUAUUUUCUCCAAACUAUUUGAGGGAGUGCGCACAUGCGGCUGUUCUGUGUUGAGCGGUUAACAAAGAAACAGGUACUCCUAUAUGCUACAUUUAGAGUUAUUUAUGUAACUUUAGUUGUGAUACAAAUGUUGGACUAUAUGUUUAGAUUUUUAAUACAUUCUAAGGCUGCAUGAUGCGACUCUAAUGAUGAUUUGAAAAUUUUUGCAUGAAAGGCAUGAGCUCUGCUUAGUUUUUUUGCGCAGGCUGUACACACUUCAUCAGUCUCUCAUUCACAAUUUGACAAGCCCUUGAUAAUGCCUCGAAUUUCCCGGCUGCAUCCCCUUUGUGUGGCCGUAAUGCCCCCUAAAAAAAAUCCAGUGGCCAUUGUGCCCUUGGGUUGAACAUAAUUAUUAUAAUUCCCUUCUCCCGGCUGAAUGCCGAAGCACCUCUCACUCACAUAGCUCUGUCAUGUGAUCGGGUCUUUCUCACAGGCUACAAGUGAAGACACACAUCCGGGAUGUAACUGCACGCGUCUUUAUCCAAUUCCGAGGCGCAUAUUGGAAGAACUGUCCACAUUUACUUUUCAUCAGCCAACAAGAUGAGUAGGCCUAACGAACAGCAAAAUAAUAAUAAUAAUAAUAAUAAUAAUAUGCCAUUUAGCAGACGCUUUUAUCCAAAGCGACUUACAGUCAAGCACUAGCCUAUGUCAAUCUACUAUCCCCCAUAGUACAAAAGUUGACCUAUUCUGUGCGAUAAAUACAUUUUCCAAACAUAGUCUGGGACAGUUGUGGGAUGCGAUAGAUCCCAAAUAAAUACAACCACUAGCAUAAAAAAACCUGUUUUAAGCAAUGAUCCUGACGCAAUAGAUGAGGUUUAGCUUAAAAUGAUCAACUAUUAGGCUAUUUUUUCACAUUAUAAGCGCACACGGCAGUAGGCUAUAAGCGCAAAUGUUCCAUUAGCUGGAAAACACAAUUCUCAAAAGUGACCACAAACGCGAUUAUGCAUGUAAUGCUUUUAUUAUAAAGGUGCAUUUUUAUGGUGAAAAUGAUCUUCCCCAAACUUGAAACUCACGCGCUGCGUAUGUAUGCCAGUUAGGCUCUACACCCAUUAUAAAGCGGAUGAAUGUGCUUCAUUUUAAGAAGUUAUUUGGCCACUUCAGUUGUGAUACAAACCUUAUCAAAACAUAUUUUUUUUACAUUUUUAGUCAUUUAGCAGACGCUCUUAUCCAGAGCGACUUACAUGAGCAAUUAGGGUUAAGUGCCUUGCUCAAGGGCACAUCGACAGAUUUUUCACCUAGUCGGCUCGGGGAUUAGAACCAGCGACCUUUCGGUUACUGGCACAACGCUCUUAACCACUAAGCUACCUGCCGCCCCAUAUAGGCCUAUGGGCUAGGCUACAUGAGGUGUACGACUAUGAUUUGAAAAAGUAGCACACAAAAAAAAAGUGUGCGCUGUUUGCCUUAAGCUGUGCAUCAUUCACAAGUGAUAAUAUAUAAUUCACAAGUGAUAGGCUAAUAUUGUCACCCAUCACACUAUUCUUGAUUUUAUUAUUGUCUUUACAUAUAUUAUUUAGUAUAUGUGUGAAAUUUGUUUUGAUUUAGAAAGGUGCAUGGUAAUGGUCCAGUCUCGAAACCGGGGCAGUGUAUGUAUGCACACAUGACUGUAAGUCGCUUUGGAUAAAAGCGUCUGCUAAAUGGCUUAUUAUUAUUUAAAAAAUACAUGUAAUCUAUGCACUUAAAUAGCGAUUGGAGGAUGCUUUUCCCGUGGUUCAUUUUUAUGCCAGCCAGGUAGGCUAUACUCCUGUUUUUAAAGAGGAGCAAUGUUCUUAAUAUUAGGAAAGUUGAGAUAUAAAUAUAGUAGGCCUAGCCUAUAGAAAGCUGAUGGGAUCUUCUUUUUAAGAGGCCAUCACUCUGUUUUCUCACGCAAUUGCAUAGCCUAUAGAAAUGUUGUGCAACAUGACCUCAUGGGCUCUCGUGAAGUGUUUUUAGUUUAGGUUUUCGAUUACAUUUGCAUUGAUGUCAGUGAUUAGAGGGACAAUAGAGUACCUGGCAGUUAGCAAGUUUGGUAGGCUACUAAUGACUAUCUGCAGCAUCAGCGCUUGGAGAAGCCUUAUUACCGUGACUAAACGGUGUGGCUGUAAUACGGUCCCCGUAACAGCCUUAGUCGUAAGACUUCAUUCAUUAGAAGGCAUCAAGAGCAUGCAUGUGGUAUUUGCUUUGUGUCUUGUGACACAAUUCUCAUCUGAUGCAAUUAGUUGACCUGAACUACACAGACCCAUCCAUUAUGCAGUGCAAUUAGGAUCAGUUCCCAUGCUCCCUCAAGUUUUUUUUUUUAAUGGACCAUUGCCUAAUACCUACUGGCUACAUGUGAUCAUUGAUGUGAGUAGAAAAUGGCUGCACUUAACUCCCUCUCAGGGGUGUCUCUACAAAGGCAGAGUGUACGCAGUGUAUUAUGUAAUAGCUGUAUAUAAAAAAAAGACCUAUUGUGUGUUCCUGUGUAGAACCUUGAGCUGCUGGAGAAGGGCUGCAGUAACAUGAGGAAACAGGUGGAGAAUGCCAAGCACUUUGGAGUGCCAGUGGUGGUGGCUGUCAACGCUUUCAAGUAAGUCAUGGUUGGUGAGCAUCUGAAACUAUUUUACCCCUCUUGUCCUGUGUCUUAGUGUUUUGACCUCUGACCUGUGUGGCCCUGACUGCAGGACGGACACUGAAUCAGAGCUGGACCUGAUCUGCAGCCUGGCCAAGGAAGUGGGGGCCUUUGAUGCGGUGCGCUGCUCUCACUGGGCUGAAGGGGGUGCUGGUGCCGUGGCCUUGGGACAAGCUGUGCAGAGGGCUUCUGAGGCCCCCAGUGACUUCAAGUUCCUCUAUGAUGUGGAGGUAAAGCGAGCAUCAGCCUCAGUCAAAGACCUUGGUUUUCACUAUAUGACAUGGAUGCAUUGAUUUCAUCCUGCUCAGGUCAUAGGGUUUUUCUCAUCUCGACUGUUCACUGGCUGGACCCUAAUGCUAUUAUUUUUCUUCCAUUCAUCCAAUCUCAUCAGUGUUGUUUCAUGUCUGUAAAUGAAAUAAAUCACUGAUUCACUUCUGAGGCCUAGAUUACUGUUUUGAUCAGAGUAUUUAUACAUCAAGUUAUUUCCCAGAGUAGUAUCACUUAAUCUUUCUCCUCAUGUACUGUUGCAAAUGCGUGCACUAAAUUUAAACGUUGGAGAAUCAGUGUAGAUGAGCUGAACCAGUUUGAUGGUACUCAUGUUGUACGUAUGUGUAUUUUUGUCUGUCUGAAUCGCCUGUAGCUGCCCAUUGCGGAUAAGAUCAGGAUCAUUGCUCAGAAGAUCUAUGGAGCUGAUGACAUAGAGCUGCUGCCAGAUGCCCAGCACAAGGUGGCGCUCUACACCAAACAGGUACAAUAGCUAUGAGACCAAGGCUUUUAAUGGAGACGGUUCUUUGUUUACAUGCUUUGUAUAGAACCUAUUUGUUUGUAGCACUCUACUCAUUGAUUUCUGGAGCACAUUUCAAACAGUCUGGAGGACAGACUUGAAAUGUUAAUUUUUUUUCAGUCAACAAAGAUUGACAUUUCUAUUUGAGGUUUUACUGUCCUUUCAAUGAACGCCAUAUUUGUUUUGUUCAGGGAUUUGGGAAUCUGCCCAUCUGCAUGGCAAAGACCCACCUGUCCCUGUCCCACGAGGCGGAUAAGAAGGGCGUGCCCACAGGGUUCAUCCUGCCCAUCAGAGACAUCCGUGCCAGUGUGGGUGCUGGGUUCCUCUACCCUCUGGUUGGCACGGUAAGAAGGCACUGGCCUGGAGAAUAACUGUAUUUAAAAUAUCCAUUAACUCAACAGAGAAUCAACUGAAUCAAUGAAGAGUCAAAUCAAUCUCUUGAUCAGAGGACACAAAAAUACUCAUACAGUUUAUUUAUUUUUGGCCCCCAUCCUAGAUGCCCACGAUUCCAGGGCUGCCCACAAGGCCCUGUUUCUAUGACAUUGACCUAGACCCUGAGACUGAGCAGGUCAACGGACUCUUCUAAGAGGGGCUCCACCCUGUUUAACGGUAAGGAAUCCACUACAUUAGAGCUAUACAAAUGACAUCGAUACAACAACCCAUACAAACCUACAGAUAUGGUUGAUGUCUGUAAUGAUUCUGGAUAUUCUUUCUCUCUCUGUUGCUCUCUCUUUCUAGCUAUCUUUCCAUUAACAGAGGUGGUCUAUGGUCUGCAGCCCCCAAAACGAGCAUUAAUGAAAUGUGAUGGAGUAGUAACUGGAAGCGUUUCCCUCCCCUGUCAAAAAUGUCCUGUAUUUUUCACUGUCGCUGACGUCUGUCAAUAAUACAUUUUCUCUGCCCGUGGUCACUGAAGGGUAAAUUAAAUAAACGUAAUUAAUUAAGAAACGGUUUGUCCCCUGAGAUUACUCUGUAUUAGAAUUGUAGAUGGUGGAAAUGGCCUGUUUACAUUAAUUUAAAGAGAUUAUCCGGUACCUUUUUGUAUACCUUUUUAGCCAGUAGCUCUGAAAGUAGCACUCACGAGCCAAAAGUGGCCCCGAAAAUUGUUUACUAUGUCACAUAUGUGCACCACGUCAUUGCUCUCUCUCGUGUCCACUGAGCCAUUGGGCCCGCCCUGCAAACUCAUUUGAUAACGCUGGGCAGGCCUCUUGCUAGCUGUCGCUCAAAUGCGAGGGGCUGAAGCUAAUUGGCUAGAACUCGAAUUGCUAGGGUGCUGUCCCAAGUGCGGGGGAAAUGUAGGGAAAAUGGCGCGGCACAGCUUCCAGAAAAUUUGCAUUCAAACUAGGGAUUUCGUGGCUAAUUGAG